GGUGAUAUUGGCGAAUUAAUGACGAGCGCUCAAAAGGUCCUGGCUCCAGUGCUUCAGUAUUUACGAUUGCAUAUUAUUGUUGGAAUGACGAAAUUACUAAGUUUAAUGAAGGGAUACGAUAAAUUUUUCAAGGCUCCACAUUCGAUCAAAAUAGAUUAACAUAAUACGCAAUUUUCAUUGUUUUAUUAAACAAAUGUAGGUCUAUAGGCAGUAAAAAUGAAGAUGUAACACUUCCUCAUUCAACCAGAAUGUUUAUUUGUAUCGUUAUCCAUUUAUUAUUGUUAGACGUAAACAAACUCUCCUUAAUUAUCACUUUAAUUCAAUACGAAACAUAUUUGAUAGAAAAAAUGGAAACACUCAAUCAUAAAUUUUAUCAAAAAACAUCUGGGUAGUAUGAGGGUCGAAGAAGAAAGAUAAUAUCAUUCGUCCACCAUUUUGUCCUAUAUCUCUUCGACACUCAUGCGGUACAGAUUUUAGUUUCCAACAUUUCAAACUUGAAGAUGUUGAAGUUUUUGCUGUUUGCUGUUAUUAUUUCACAAGGAGAUGCGUCAAUCAAUCCCUUUUUCAUGCUACAUAGUGAGAGCAAUUGUACAGAAAAUCAGUUCAGCUGCAUAACAGACAAAAAAUGUAUAGAUAAAGCAAAAAGAUGUGAUGGAAUUUAUAAUUGUAAAGAUAUGUCUGAUGAACAUGAUUGUGAAUAUGUUUUGUGCAAAGAUACCAUGUUUUUCAAAUGCAAGAAUGGGAGAUGUAUCAGCAAAUCAUUCGUUUGCGAUGGUCAAAAUGAUUGUGAAGACUUUUCCGACGAAGAAAAAUGCCAGGAUUUUAAGCUGAACCUAAACUCGAAUUCUUCAUGUGAUGAAAAUGAAUGGAGAUGUUCAGAUAGACUGUGCAUCUUCAAGGAUUGGGUUUGUAACGGUGAAGAAGAUUGCUUAGAUGGUUCUGACGAAACGAUCGGUUGCACUCUCACCAUUACGUGCGAUGGCUUCAAAUGCAGAAACAAUCAUUGUAUUCCUAGUGAAUGGAGAUGUGAUGGAACUGACGAUUGCAUUGAUAACAGUGAUGAAGAGAACUGUGAAAACUUCAUUAAUCCAGAAAAGUGUACAUGGGAGAAUAAAAAAUUCCUUUGCUCCAACAACCAUACAUGCAUAGACAUACAUCAAGUUUGUGAUGGCAAACAUCAAUGUCCAGAUCAGUCAGAUGAAAGUAUUCUUUGCUCAGCUCCAACACAUUCUUGUUCCCAUCACAACUGCUCGCAUACUUGUGUCCAACUCCCCACCGGACCUAAAUGUUACUGCCCUGAAGGAUAUCACAACAUCAACGACAAAGAGUGUCAAGAUAUAAACGAAUGUGAGAUAUAUGGCAUUUGUGAUCAGAAAUGUAGGAAUACCCCCGGUUCCUACGAGUGCUUAUGUGAUCACAAAUACAUUCUACAAGAGGACAAAAAAACCUGCCAGGCUGUAGGAGGCGAAGCAAUGAUGGUUUUCAGUUCCAAAACACAAAUAAGAGCGUAUUUUCUGCAGAGUAAAAUUUAUUUCCCUGUCACAUCCCAAAUGAAGCAAGUGGUUGGGGUGGCCUAUGAUGGAAAUUACGUCUAUUGGACUGACAUCUUUAGCGAACACGAAAGCAUAGUAAAAUCUCUUGAAGACGGUACUGAAAGACAGUUGGUGAUAACUGCUGGUUUAGGAUCUCCCGAAGACUUGGCAGUCGACACCCUUACAGAAAAUAUAUAUUUUACCGAUGCUGAAUAUAAGCACAUUGGAGUUUGUACCACCGAUGGACUUCACUGUACUGUUCUGGUCAACAAAGAUAUUGACAGACCAAGGGCAAUAGUGCUCAAUAUAGAAGAAGGGGAGAUGUUUUGGAGUGAUUGGGGAUACCCAGCUAGAAUUGCUCGUGCUUAUAUGGAUGGAUCAUCAGAUCGCUCUUUCGUCUCAGAUAAUAUUCAUUGGCCUAAUGGUUUGGCUAUUGAUUAUCCCAACCAGAGGUUGUAUUGGACAGAUGCCAAGGCUAUGACUUUGGAGAGUAUUAAUCUAGAUGGUACUGAUCGAAGAAUUGUACUAGAAGCUGUAGUGAAGUUUCCCUAUGCUAUAGCCGUAUUCGAAAACCGCCUAUACUGGUCCGACUGGCACACACAUUCCAUACAAUCCUGCGACAAAUUCACUGGAAAAGAUCAUCAUACCAUAAUCAAGGAGAAGAAAGAAAACAUUUACGGUCUGAGCAUAUAUCAUUCUUCACAAAUGCCGAACAGGGACAAUCCAUGUGCGCUAGCUUUCUGCUCAGAUAUUUGUCUGUUGAAGGGGAGCAGUUAUAAAUGUGCUUGUCCUCAGAAUAAAAUGCUGUCUAGCGAUCAACAUAAUUGUAAAGAAAUUGAGAACCGGCAAAUGCUGGUCUUAGCGGCGAAAAACUUGUUGAUUCAAAUCGAACACCAGCUUUUGGGAAAGCAUACAAUUUCGCCACUACCGUUAGUGGUAAAAGACGUAGGAGCCUUAGCUUAUAAUCCCUAUAACAACAGUUUAUAUAUUAGUGAUAUAGGAGUUAAAGAUAUCAUUGAACUCAACAUGCACACUGGUAUACCAGAACCACUAGAAAUGGAAGAUAUAGGAAAAAUAACAUCAAUGGAUUUCGAUUAUAUGGGUAAUAACCUAUACUGGGGAGAUGAAGAGAAAGGAACAAUUGAAAUGAUGAAUAUGGAUAACAGAGCUCGAAGAGUGAUACUCCAUAAUAUACCUGACGAGGUGCCAGAAUCUAUAACUUUAAUUCCAGAUAUGGGUAUAAUGUUUGUGUCAUUCCGAAGAAGUAGUGAUCAUACCAGUCACAUAGACCGCCUCUUGAUGGAUGGUAGCGGUAGGACUCAUGUCAUGGACCAUGGUGUGGUGGGUCCCAUGGACUUGUAUUACGAUCGUGACUCACACAGGGUAUUCUUCGCUGACACCGGAACUGGAAACAUUGAAACUACUAGUGUUGAUGGCGAUGACAGACAUCAAUUUGCCCUGUUAGCUACUAAUCCUGUCAGCUUGGCAGCUUUGAAGGCUGACUUGUUCUGGGUAAACGAACAAUCUUCGAAUCUGUAUUGGUCGAACAAGUUCAAUUCUUCCUACAGUAAAAAGAUCAUCUUAGAUUUUAUACCGGAUAACCUGAACCGGAUGCAUCUCAUCUCCGUGACUCCAAAAACCAAAACAACGGAAGGCGGAUGCUCGUCGAACAACGGAAACUGCUCUCACAUCUGCAUCACCUUCCGCAAAUCGGUCGCCUGCGCGUGUCCAAACGAAAUGGAACUGUCAAGCGACCAGCGAACGUGCUCGGAGGUAACGUACUGCAAGUCGUCCGAAUUCAAAUGUCAGAGGUCCAACAAAUGCAUACCGUUCAGCCAGAGAUGCAACGGGGAGAAGGACUGCAAGCUGGGAGAAGACGAGGAAGGUUGCAAACCGGCGAACCACUGUCCGGCGGACUACUUCAUGUGCGACAACGGCGCCUGCAUCGAGGAACACAAAGUGUGCAAUUUGUUGUUCGAUUGCGAAGACAAAUCGGACGAGCACAGAUGCAACUACAUGAAGGGAGGCACUGUUUGUCCCCCGAAACAUUUCAAGUGCCCCGAUGAUCGUUGCAUCGCCGAAAAAUUCUUAUGUGACGGUAAUGCGGAUUGCUCGGACAUGUCCGAUGAGCUCAAUUGCGGGUCCUCGACUUGCGACAUGAACCAGUUCAGGUGUAAUUCAGGGGCAUGUAUACCAAAAUCUUGGGAAUGUGAUCGUGAAUUCGAUUGCAGUGAUAUGUCAGAUGAACAUCCUCAAUGCGAAUCAACCUGCUCUCCCGAACUCUUUACCUGCAACAAUGGCAGAUGUUUGAAGAAGGAUUUCGUCUGCGACGGUGCAGACGAUUGUGGAGACCUUUCGGAUGAGAUGAACUGCAGAAAGAAUGUCCACAGCCGAUGUGGCGCUCACGAGUUCCAGUGCCACGUAAACAGCACAGCCUGCCUUCCAAUGUCGGCAGUUUGUAAUGGCACGUCCGAGUGUCCAGGCCAAGACGACGAGUUGAAGUGUUCCAAUUGUCAGAUGGACGAGUUCAUGUGCCACAACAAGAAAUGCAUACCGAGAUCUUGGAUCUGCGAUAAGACAGACGAUUGCGGCGAUGGAUCAGACGAGACCAAGGAGACUUGUCACGAAGGAAAAAUUGUCGACCACGAAUACACCUUAAGCGCUCCUUGUUCAGAGUUCAGAUGCAAAUCAGGUCAAUGCAUCGAUCACUCUCUUGUCUGUAAUGAUAAUCAAGAUUGUUAUGACGGCUCUGACGAGGGUGGAGCUUGUAAGUCUAGCUGCCAGGCCAACAGCGAUCCUUGCUCGCAACUAUGCCUCAAGACGCCUUCUGGACCAACUUGCAGAUGCAGAGAAGGCUAUGAAUUGAUGGGAGAUGGAAAAACCUGUAUGGACGUCGACGAAUGCAGAAUGGAACCACCGGUGUGUAGCCAGCUAUGUUUCAACCAUCCUGGAUCAUAUCAGUGCGACUGUUAUAAAGACUUUGAGUUGAGGCUAGAUAAAACGUCCUGUAAAGCAAUAGGGGACCCAAUGAGUCUGAUUUAUCUAUCCAACAAUGAGAUCCGCCAGCUGACGCAGAAAGAGAAUUCCAUAAAAUUGCUGUAUUCAGCAGAUACUGCUAGAAUAACUGGUCUGGCAUAUUCCUUCGCCAAUUCAGACAUCUACGUCUCAAUAGAAAACAUGGGAAUAAUAAUGAGGAUCAAUCUGAAAACAGGCAUGAAAGAUGUCAUAUACAACGUCGGACAACCGAAAAAAGUGACCUUGGACUGGAUCACAAACAAUAUAUAUUUCUACAACCAUAUGCCCUACUCGAAAUCGAUAGACGUGUGCAAUUUUCAGAGUAAAAAUUGUGCUCCUCUCAUCAAAACAGAUCUGCACAGUCAGGUUACCAACAUCGCUGUCGACGGAGUGAACCGAGUACUGUUUUAUUCUGUCACUACCUGGUUUUUGUUCAACACCCCCACUUGCACCAUUUACAAGGUCUAUUUAGACGGUUCUGGCAGGCAAGCUUUAGCGGAAGACAUUCAAGGAUAUAUUUCUGGAAUAGCUUAUGACGUCAAUAAGAAGCAUCUGUAUUAUACGAAUCAACAUGUAGGAAUGAUUAAUCGGGUAAGCUACGAUGGAAGCAUGAAAGUAAUAAUCACCCAGAACGUCACCCACUCUAUGGGAUUAGGAUUUUUCGAAAAUCGCCUAUAUUACCUUUCCUUCGGUGGUACUAUGCAUAAAUUGAAACUGUUUGGAGGAGGAAACGACGAGACGUUCAAAGUGAACAUGUUCAACGAUGGAUUGUUUAACAUUGUGCAGAAAUCUGUCCAGCCUGACGGAAUAGACAACUGCGCAAAUAAUAGCUGUUCCUAUUUGUGUCUACCUAGCAAAACGCAUUACAGGUGUCUAUGUGAGGACGGUCAGGUCAUAAAGGAAGGUGAAAAAUGCCAUUCGAUAUCGAGGAGCUCUGCAGAUGAUUCCAGGCCAAUUAGAAUGAGAAAAGAUUUCCACCGUAGUGUUCAAUCUUCUGAAACAUCAUCAGCGUUUAUAAUUUCUUUACUUCUGGUUAUUGCGAUAUUAUGUAUAGCUGCUGGUGGUGUAUACUAUAUGAGGAGGAGAAAAUUCAAGACUAAAAUGAAUUUUGGAAUUUCUUUCCAUAAUGCCACUUAUGGAUUACAUGAUGGAAAUGAGGUAACAGCAGCUGUGUUCAAGUCUGGGGAUAAUGAAUAUGAUAACGCCAUCAACUUCGAUCCUACGGAAUUGCAGUACAGUGCGGAGAAUGUAAUCAAGAAGGUGGCUCCUUUAGCUCCUUUAAUAGAUGCUUGAAUCGAGAGAUCGGUUCUUAAAUUAUAGUAUAAUAAAUAUAUAAAAUAAAUGUACAUAUUUUAAGAGCAUCGAAGUUGUCUGUGAUAGUUGUUUUUGUAUUGCUAGUUUUAUCUAAGGAAUAAUGUAAUUCUUAAAUUUGUUGAUGUGAACUUGAUAAUUUUAUGUAAAAUUUAAUCCAAAGAUGAUUGUUUCUCUGCUAUAUUUUUAUUGUUAUUAAUUAUAAUAAAUUUUUAUACACUUAGAAGUUAA